UAGUAUCCGGGUGAAUGGGGAAGAGUGGUGAGGACACAGAAGAGACGGAGGCGGAGUAUAUAGAGGAACACAGAGGUCUGUACAAGGAAUUGAUGAUGGAGAAUCACCGACCCCUCACAUCAUUGGAUGGGCCCAGUAACAGAGAUACCCCAGAGAGAUGUCCCCGUCCUCUGUAUUCCCAGGAUUGUACAGAGGAGAAUCACAGGAUCCCACAGGAGGAUCAGGUAGAAGGUCUGUCAGAUAUGAAUACAGAAGAUACAGAGGGAGAAGAAGAGACUGAUAUAAAGGCUGAAGAUAUAGAGGGAGAAGAAGAGACUUAUGUGACUGAUAUAAAGACAGAAGAUAUAGAGGGAGAAGAAGAGACGUAUGUGACUGAUAUGAAGGCAGAAGAUAUAGAGGGAGAAGAAGAGACGUAUGUGACUGAUAUAAAGGCAGAAGAUAUAGAGGGAGAAGAAGAGACGUAUGUGACUGAUAUAAAGGCAGAAGAUGUAGAGGGAGAAGAAGAGACCUAUGUGACUGAAAUAAAGACAGAAGAUAUAGAGGGAGAAGAAGAGACGUAUAUAACUGUUAUAAAGGUAGAAGAUACAGAGGAAGAAGAAGAGACGUGUGUGAGGGGUGAUCAGCAGUGUAAAGAGGAGGAAAUCCCUACAGAUAUCAGCACAGAUGCACACUGCAAGAGGACUACCUCAAAGGAACAUCUCUACUUAUCCCCUGAUGGUGAAAUCGCAGAUGACAUCACACAAGUUUCUCUAGGAGAAAACUCUAUUACUUCAAUGAUUAAUACAGUACUACUUAGUUCUCAUAUGUCAUAUGAUCCCACUUAUCAUGAGCAGUGUUUCCCUGACAGUGUUACAUCUAUUACAGCUCUUAAAGUAGAUAACACAUUUCCCUGUUCUAUAGAUAAGAAAUAUUUUACACAGAUCACAAAGCCUAUUACCUAUCAGCCAACUAAGGCAGGUAAGCAAUUUCCAUGUUCUCAGUGUGGGAAAUGUUUUACACAGAAAUCAAAUCUUGAUAGACAUCAGAGAAGUCACACAGGUGAGAGACCUUUUCCAUGCUCUGAGUGUGGGAAAUGUUUUAUAACAAAAUCGUCUCUUGUUAGGCACGAGAGAAAUCACACAGGUGACAAGCUAUUUCCAUGUGCGGACUGUGGGAAAUGUUUUGCACAGGAAUCAGAUCUUGUUAUACAUCAGAGACAUCACACAGGUGAGAGGCCAUUUCUAUGCACUGAGUGUGGGAAAUGUUUUAUACAGAAAAAACAUCUUGUUACACAUGAGAAAAUUCACACAGGUGAGAAACCAUUUCUAUGCUCUGAGUGUGGGAAAUGUUUUACACAUAAAUCAGAUCUUGUUAUACAUGGAAGAAGUCAUACAGGCGAGAAGCCAUUUACAUGUUCUGAGUGUGGGAAAUGUUUUAGAAAGAAAUCAUAUCUUGUUAGACAUGAGAGAUAUCACACAGGUGAAAAACCAUUUUCAUGUUCUGAGUGUGGGAAAUGUUUUACAGAGAGAUCAGCGCUUGUUAAACAUCGGAGAACUCACUCAGGUGAGAAACCGUUUUCCUGCUAUGAGUGCGGGAAAUGUUUUAGAAAGAUGUCAGCUCUUGUUAUACAUCAGAGAGGUCACACAGGUGAGACACCAUAUUCAUGUUCUGAGUGUGGGAAAUAUUUUACACAUAAAUCACAUCUCACUAGACAUCAUAGACUUCACACAGGUGUCAAACCAUUUCCAUGUACUGAGUGUGGGAAAUGUUUUACAGAGAAAUCAGAUCUUGUUACACAUCAGAGAUAUCACACAGGAGAGAAACCAUUUUCAUGCUCUGAGUGUGGGAAAUGUUUUAUACAGAAAUCACAUCUUGUUACACAUGAGAAAAUUCACACUGAUGGGAAGUUAUUUCCAUGUACUGAGUGUGGGAAAUGUUUUACACAGAAAGCAAACCUGAGUAGACAUGAGAGAAGUCACACAGGUGAGAAACCAUUUCCAUGCUCUGAGUGUGGGAAAUGUUUCACACUGAAGUCAACUCUUGUUAAACAUCAGAGAUGUCACACAGGUGAAAAACCAUUCCAGUGUUCUGAGUGUGGCAAAUGUUUUACACAGAAAUCAAUUCUUGUGAGACAUAAAAGAACCCACACAGGUUUGAAGCUAUUUCCAUGUUCUGCAUGUGGGAAAUGUUUUACACAGAAUUCAAAUCUUGUUAGACAUCAGAUAAGUCACACAGGUGAGUACCCAUUUACAUGCUGAGUGUGGAAAAUGUUUUACACAGAAUUCACAUCACACAGGUAGUGUAGGAAAUAACACAUGUCUGAUCUUUGUAAGAUAUACAUUAUUCACACACAUUUAUAUGUAAUAUGUUCUGUGUUUGCACGCGGAAUUAUUUUAUCUAAAGAAUAAAUCUAAGAAUAUAUAAUAUUUCUCCUGACAUGGUGUUGUUGGUUGAAAAACGCAAAGCAACCAGGUUCUGGGAUACAAUGUGUUAAAUAUGGAGACUGACACAGGACAUUUCAAGCAAAGAUAAGCCUUUAUUGUCUAAUUUACAACAAUGAAAAAAUACAGAUAAUAACAAGGUAUACUCAGUUACAAUAAUAGCAAGAACAAAUGAAAUACUCGGGCUUGUUUUAAGAUCUGUCCCAGAAUAAAAAUUCAGACAAUCUUCAGCUUCCCGUGUUAUAACUUCAUCGCAAGUUAAAAUCUGGAGGGGAUUUGUAGAAGACUAGAUCUGCUGCAGACAGAACCAUCUUCAAAUGGAACUGAUCUGCUAUGUGUAAGUCUCUAGGCUUCAUAACCCUCCUGUAGGAAUAUGCUAACGUUGUCUUACCAGAUAUUACAUUCAGGGUCUGUGAUGCUGGGUGCAGUAGUCAUUCAGUAUAACGUAAUUUAUCUUAUCCUGGACAACUGUCCCCUUUCACCUACUUAUGAAUACAAUACCUCAAACUGCUUACUAGACAGUUUCCAUCUGAGAUACUGAUAAUAGGAAGAUAUAUCUAUUAUAAUCAGCCAGCCUAAAAGCUGUGUAUAUUCUUCCCUCUCACUACGUCCUGCGCACUAGGUCAAUGGUGAAAGAUAGCUGGUUACUUACAGUGGACCUAUAUGUCUAGCUGGUGCCUAUAUGUCUGCAAAGCACUGACCCUAAUAAAAAAGUACAUGUAUAUACAGAUGGAGCCCUGCUCAUCUAUCCCUGUCAUAGGAGUAACUGAGACUGGGCUGUCGGAUUUAAUCCCCUGCUGUAUUGUUCUCUCUGUAUUGCAGCUGAGAAUAAUAGAUGAACGGCUUAUGCUAAUAGACCUUGGUGCACCUAGGUGCAGCAGAGAAGCCAAGAUGACUGAGGCUCCAUCUGUAUAAUCUCAACAUAAGCAAUGAUGUCAUACAAAGACAAAAUGGAGUCAAAAAGUUGUUAAAAAUAUCAUCCCAUACACAAUGAGCUCUUCAUUGUCCUUACAUUUUGGGCGGGAUGUACUAAAGGAAAAAAUGCUGUAAAACCCCCGAAAAUGGGGGUUUUACCGCAUUUUCAAAUGUACUAAGACCCUACCGCCGGGUUUUCGCCAUCCAGGGCAAAGAUGGCGAUACCCUAUAGAAGUCUAUGGGCUUCUUAUCGACGACCGCCACAGAUGCCGACACCCCUCCUCCCUGGCAUGUCUUCCUCCAGGCAGCCCUGGUACCGGAAGGUAAUCUUCUCCCCCCGGGGAAAAGCAGCCGGAGGUCCUUCCGG